AUGGCCUCGGCCACCCCUCGCGACGGCAGCACCGCGAAGCCCGACGCCGCUCCCGCUCCCGCUCCCACGCCCGCGCCAACGCCGCUGCCGCUGCCGCCGGAGAAGCCUCUCCCGGGCGACUGCUGCGGCAGUGGCUGUGUCCGCUGCGUCUGGGACAUAUAUUUCGACGAGCUCGACGCAUACGACAAGGCCCUCGCCGCCCACGCGGCCUCCUCCUCAGGCUCCGGCGGCAAGGACGACUCCGCCGAUACCAAGCCCAGCGACGGCGCCAAGUCCUGA